UUCACGAAUAGAACGGAAGACGAAGGGACGAGCCAGGAGACAGAAGCAUCAUAUAGAAACCACCCGGCAACGGUCGCAAAAACAAUUAACCAAAUGCGUAAAUGGGGAUGUCAAUUCGACGGAAAAGAUCCAAUUUCUUUCCUAGAGCGAAUUGAAGAACUACAAAGUAGUUACGAAUACACCGACGAACAAAUGUUGCAAGGUUUGCCGGCAUUACUGCGCGGAAGUACUUUGCAUUGGUACAGGAACAAGAAGAAAGCAUGGAAAGAGUGGAAUGAUUUCACGAACGCGUUUCGGGAACAUUAUUUUCCAUAUAGAUAUAAGAACCAGUUAAAAAUAGAAGUACAGAAACGACUGCAACAAGCAAACGAACCGUUUAGGCAUUACGCCACAGAACUGGCGACGCUCAUGAGAAGAGCGGGCGGAUUUUGA